ACGCGACAAGCGCAAAUUAGACCACCUGAAGAAGGAUAUUGACAUAGUGGAGCAGCAAGCUUUUCAGGAUGACCACAAAAUCCCGUUGGAGGAGCUUCUUCAUCGCUUGAAAACAGACAAGGAAUCGGGUCUCACAGCAGAUGAAGCAGCCGAAAGAUUGAAAAUGUACGGACCCAACAAGUUGACCCCACCUUAUAAGACGCCGACAUGGAUUAAGCUUCUGCAAAACCUUUUCGGAGGCUUCAAUAUGCUACUCUGGAUCGCAUCCCUAGCAUCAAUGGUAGGGUACUUUAUGGAGAAACAAGAAUAUGGGGAGGAAACAAAGGCCGAUAAUAUUUCGAACCGUUUCCAUCUUUGCGGAGUGCGCAACCCUGGAAUUCAGGUCAUUCGCGAUGGACGUAUAAUUGAUGUGAAGGUUGACGAUGUUGUACUUGGAGACAUAGUGGAAAUUAGCGGCGGAGAUAAGGUUCCUGCCGAUAUCCGUAUAUUCCAAGCAAGAGGACUCAAGGUGGAUAAUUCAUCGCUGACUGGUGAGUCGGAGCCGCAAACGCGAUCACCAGAAUUCACUCACAAUAACCCGUUGGAGUCAAAGAAUGUGGCAAUGUUUUCAACAAACGUGCUUGAAGGAAGUGGUAGAGGCGUCGUCAUUCUAACGGCCGACAACACGGUGGUGGGUCGAAUAGCUGCUCUCACUGCUCAAGUCACAUCAGGACCAAGUCCUAUCGCCAAAGAAAUAUAUCACUUCAUCCAUGUUAUUACUUUUGUGGCACUUGGCGUUGGAGUAACCUUCUUCGUGUUAUCAAUCAUCUACGGUUACACCUUAAUACAGGCGCUAAUUUACUUUAUGGGCAUUGUUGUCGCUAAUGUGCCUGAAGGAAUCGUCGCCACUGUUACGGUAUGUUUAACAUUAACAGCUGUAAAAAUGAGAAGGAAACAUUGCUUGGUGAAAAAUCUCGAAGCGGUCGAGACACUUGGUUCGACGUCGACUAUUUGUUCAGACAAGACAGGCACACUAACGCAGAAUCGAAUGACCAUUACGCAUUUGUGGUGCGAUGGUAAAAUCGAUGAAGCAGAACAAUGUCUUCCAAAUGGGAAACUUCGUGGCAAAAAGAAGCAUCGUAUGGAAGGCACAUUCAAGUUGUUGAUUCGUUGUGCAGUGCUGUGUAGCAGGAGCAAGUUCAAGAACGAGGACUUCUCGGUACCCCUUCCCAAAAGAGAAGUGGCUGGUGACGCAUCGGAGACAGCCAUCAUGAAAUAUUGUGAGUUGCUGCUCGGAGAUGGAGGAACGAAGAAAAUGCGUGAUAAGAAACCAAAGGUCUCCAUCCAUCAAAAUGGCGAUCGUUAUUUGUUGGUAAUGAAAGGGGCACCGGAAAAAAUCCUCAAAGUGUGUUCAACUCUGCUAAUCGAGGGCAACGAAAAAAACAAGGACAAGAGUUUUGAAGAAGACUUUGUUAAGGCAUACGAAACGUUGGGAGGCUUCGGAGAACGUGUGCUAGGAUUCUGCGAUCUAGAAAUGGACCCCGAAAAGUUUCCCAAAAACUUCGUCUUCGAUACGGAAAAUCCAAACUUUCCGCUCACAAAUUUACGAUUCCUUGGCCUUAUGUCAAUGAUCGACCCACCGCGACCUGGAGUUCCACAGGCUGUUCAGUUGUGUCAGUCAGCCGGAAUCAAGGUAGUUAUGGUCACUGGAGAUCAUCCAAUAACUGCAAAAGCAAUUGCUCGUCAAGUGCAUAUCAUCUCUAGGAAAGCACGGGUGACAGAGCUCAUUGAAGACGAUGAGCAGGCGUCAGAGCAUGAGACUUUUGGCAAAGGAAGAUUACUUAACACCAAAGCCAUAAUUGUUCAUGGGGAACAACUUAAAUUGCUCAGCGGAAGCACCUUACGAGAAAUUGUCGGUAACUACCAACAGGUCGUCUUUGCUCGAACUUCACCAGCGCAAAAGCUCCAAAUCGUUGAAGCAUACCAACUAACAAACAACGUCGUCGGGGUUACUGGUGACGGUGUCAACGAUGCGCCAGCACUCCGAAAAGCUGACAUAGGGAUUGCCAUGGGCAUCGCUGGAACCGAUGUGUCAAAGCAGGCAGCCGACAUGAUUCUUCUCAACGACAACUUUGCUUCCAUUGUUACCGGUGUUGAGGAGGGACGAUUGAUUUUCGACAAUCUGAAGAAAAGCAUUGCUUAUACGCUGACCUCGAAUAUUCCGGGUAAGAACAUAUCACAGUUUUAUGUUAAAGGCACAGUCCGCCUUAACAAUGGUUCCUACGAUUUUCUUCCGAGAUUAUCCAAUGGCUCCCAAGGUAACACAAAGACGACCGAAGAUGGAUCAGACGAGGGUGUAUGUCGUUUGGCGCGAUGA